UUGCGUUGGUAACUCGCGGGAUGUCGGGAUUCCGUUGAUUAAUGGUGUUUGUGCUGGUGGAUAUGUGUGGGUUCGAUGAUAAUAAUCCUCAAUAUUGAUUUGUGGAGCCAAUACCGGCACAUGAUAUUGAGAGGGAUAGUUCUCCAUAGCGGAAAGUUUCGAUGUACCACGGUGCAAAACUGACACGAUUCGAUUUCCUAUAAUGGAAAGAGCUUGGAAGGAGAGUCAAGCAGUGCAUACUGAAGCACAGUGACAAGUGAGCCUGCCAGGUGUAAGCAAAUGCCAGAGAUUUUUGUCUCUGGAGAAGGAAGGGAAAACAGAACUGUGCAGUGUAGAAAUGCAGGUGAAGCAUUGUGUGACGUGGUAGACACAUGUGAUCUGCAAGCUUUGUCGUCCCUCCUGAAGCUCAACCCAAUCACCUCCAACAAUCCCAGGGACAGGCUAGUAACAUCUGGACCACUAUGCUGCCAGCAUGACUGGUCGUCCUCGCACAACUUCAAUGUUAGAAGAGGGCCGGCAACAGCCCCAAACUCAAAAUGCAAAUUGGGCGAGCAUUAAAAUCACAAGUAAAGAUGGCAGCCGGGUUACGACAGUGGUGGCCACCCCGGGCCAGGGGUCGGACCGCACGCAGGAGGUCUCGUACUCCGACACCAAGGUGAUAGGCAAUGGCAGCUUCGGGGUGGUUUACCAGGCAAAACUGUGUGAUACGGGCGAGCUGGUGGCGAUCAAAAAAGUGUUGCAAGACAAGCGAUUUAAGAACCGGGAGCUGCAGAUAAUGAGGAAGCUGGAACAUUGCAACAUCGUGAAACUAAAAUACUUCUUCUACUCGAGUGGGGACCAGGCCGACGAGGUGUACCUCAACCUGGUGCUCGAGUACCUGCCCGAGACGGUGUACAAGGUAUCGCGCCACUACAACCGCUCCCGCCAGACCAUCCCCAUCAGCUUCAUCAAGCUGUACAUGUACCAGCUGUUCCGGUCGCUGGCGUACAUCCACUCGCUGGGCAUCUGCCACCGGGACAUCAAGCCGCAGAACCUGCUGCUGGACCCGGAGUCGGGCGUGCUGAAGCUGAUCGACUUCGGCAGCGCCAAGGUGCUGGUGGCCGGCGAGCCGAACGUGUCGUACAUCUGCUCGCGCUACUACCGCGCGCCCGAGCUAAUCUUCGGCGCCACCAACUACACGACCAACAUCGACGUCUGGAGUGCCGGCUGCGUGCUGGCCGAGCUGCUGCUGGGCCAGCCCAUCUUCCCGGGGGACAGCGGUGUCGACCAGCUGGUCGAGAUCAUCAAGGUGCUGGGCACGCCCACGCGCGAGCAGCUGGGCGAGAUGAACCCCAACUACACCGAGUUCAAGUUCCCGCAGAUCUGCGCCCACCCCUGGCAGAAGGUGUUCCGGGCGCGCACGCCGCCCGAGGCCAUCGAGCUGGUGUCACGGCUGCUGCAGUACACGCCCACCAGCCGCGCCUCGCCGCUGCAGGCGUGCGCGCACCCCUUCUUCGGCGAGCUGCGCGAGCCGCAGGCGCGCCUGCCCAGCGGCCGCCAGCUGCCGCCGCUCUUCAACUUCACCGAGCAGGAGCUGAAGGUGUGCCCGUCGCUGACUAGCACGCUGCUGCCGGCGCAUGCGCGGAGUGGCUCGGAGGCAGAGGGCGCCGCCGCCGCCACCACGGACGCGGCCGGUGCCGGCGGCGGCGCCGACCCGGCCUCGCCCAGCGCCGCCAACGCCUGAGGAGCUGGAGAGGCCUGAGGAGCCGGCGUUGCCCUGUGACCGCCGCCGGCCGACCCGGCCUCGCCCAGCGCCGCCAACGCCUGAGGAGCUGGAGAGGCCUGAGGAGCCGGCGUUGCCCUGUGGCCGCCGCCGGCCGACCCGGCCUCGCCCAGCGCCGCCAACGCCUGAGGAGCUGGAGAGGCCUGAGGAGCCGGCGUUGCCCUGUGACCGCCGCCGGCGGCUGUCGCCCGGCCGUGACGGGUUAGAGGGCCUUCUCUCAGCGGGGGUCGGGCGGGCUGUGCCAGCAGCACCUGCGGCCGCCGCACGGGCUACAGGGACGAGGUGCGAGGUGCAGGGACGGGUGGGGGGACGGCGCGUUGCGCGCUGGCGCAUACCCGGCGCCCGGCGGGGGCGCGUACUGUGGCAAUAUUCACGCGUGACGUGCUUGAUCAGUUGUUGCCGGUGUUUUGUGUGCCGCGGCGUGGCCCAUUUUACGCGUGCACUGCACGUGCCGAAUGCACGCCUCGCGCGUACGUGCAUAAUGAAUGAGGAUGUGUUAAGACUUGUAGAGGAUGCGGAGGACCAGGAGGACGCGUACCGCGGCCGGCCGGCCGGUCCAGGCCGGCGCUCGUCGCGCCUGCUCAGAGUCGUGCCAUCGGGGACGAG